CGCAAUCACCACCACCACUGCAGCAAAGGGACAAGGCCAGGCAGAGUCUGCUAAUGGCGUCUUCGACAACGGCAGAAGUCGAGUCAUCGUUCUCCGGCGCGGUGGCGCAGGAGGUGGCGAAGAUCCGGGACUCGGCCGCGCGACUGGGGGAGCUGCUGGCGGCGGAGAUGGCUGGGAAUUCCGCCGUCGGGGCCGUGCUCGGGGACCUUUUGCAGUCCUCCUCGAGAGCCUUCUCUCUGGUGAACUGUACUCUUCCGGAAGGCGACAUCGGGUCGCCUUCUCCCCGCGAGGCCUCGAGCAAGAAGCGGCGGACCAGCCCCGCCGGCGACGGCAGAGGUGGCUGCCGGAGGAGAUCGAAUUCGUCCGCAAAGAAGGUUUUCAAAUCUGAAUCUCUCGAUGAUGGUCAAACAUGGAGAAAAUACGGGCAAAAAUCGAUCCAAAAUUCCAAUAAUCCGAGGAGCUACUUCAGAUGCACUCACAAGUACGACCAAGGCUGCUUGGCUCGCAGACAGGUCCAGCAAGCAGAGGACGACCCCAAAACCUUCGUCAUCACCUACGACGGCGAGCACACCUGCAGAGAUCCGGCCACGGCGAGCGACCACAUGGCCUCCGCCUCGGGUUUCAGAGAAAACGCUUGCCUGAUUCGGUUCGGAGCAAGCUCCUCUGCUUCGUUCGGAGCUCCUCCUAAACAGGAGAGCACCGAGGAGGACGUAGCGAGCAAUCUGACAACCACGAGCACUUCCUCUUCGUCGGAGUUUUACUCUCUCGGGCUCCCGGCCAUGCUCCCUGCCGAUGAGAGGCCGGCGCUAGGUGCUACCGCCGCCGGCGAUGUCACUUCUGGGAUUCACGAUGAUCUAGAGCUGGAGCUGUUGAUUGACUCAUGCCUUGGGGGCGUUUUAGGAUUUGAUGAUGGUAGAUUUUACUAUUUAUGAACUCAUAAAUGUGUACAGGAGAAGGCAGUUUUUAUUUUCUUUUUUUUUUCUGUGUCUUUUUUUAAGGUGUUUUCGAUCCGAUUGUAGAUAAGUGGAGAAUCAAUAAAGUGUUCAUUUUACUAGUCUUUAA